AUGCGUAUUUCAAAUCGUCUACGGCAAGCAAUCGACUUAACUGAUAACGGCAAUGAACAGGAUGGUGAAUAUGAUGACAAGGAAGAAGAAGAAGAAGACUAUCAAUCAUCGGAAACGAGUUUAUCACCAAUCGAUUAUCAAUCGACAACAACAAUGGAAAGUUCGUAUGACAAGGCUAAAGCAAUCGGAGAAGAAGUUAUAAAAAAAGUUCCAAAUACAGUAUAUGUUGGAUGCUCUCUAUCGUUUGGGUGCAUAAAAAGUACAGGUAAAAAUGUUUACAUGAAAUCCGAAGUUAGUCACGUCAACUCAUCGACGUCCGGUAAAACGAUCAUUUCAAACCAGAGCGAUUCGUUAGGUUAUAAAAUGUCGCCAUGGAUGGUUAUCAUUCUUGCAAUCGUUGCACUCAUGAUAUUGAGCAUGUGUCUAACAUGUUUUAUUCGUCGUGCCUGUAAAAGGCUCUGGAAAAAGAAGGGGGUGAAGGCUGGCAAAGGUAUCGACCUCGAAGCUGUAAAAUCGCUUAGCUUACACAAAGAAAAGGUCCAACCGGAUGUUGAUGAUUUAAUUCAAAAUAUGGAAGACAAUGAAGGGAGUGGAUACAAACGAGCUGAAUUUGAAAACUUGGGCAAAUUGGAGUAUUCACUCGAUUAUGAUUUUCAAAAGCAAGAGCUGAAAGUUGAAGUUAUUCAAGCUCAGCAGUUACCAGCAAUGGAUUUGAGUGGAACGUCGGAUCCGUAUGUUAAAUUGUAUAUUUUUCCGGAUAAAAAGAAAAAAUUCGAAACCAAAGUUCAUCGAAAAACGCUGAAUCCGAUUUUUAACGAAACGUUCGUUUUCAAAAAUUUGCCGUAUGGCGAAAUCGGUGGAAAGACGCUGGUUUUUGCUGUUUUUGAUUUCGAUCGCUUUUCUCGACAUGAUCAAAUUGGUGAAUUACAAAUUCCAUUAAAUACAGUCGAUUUAGGCAAAAUAAUUCGAGAGAUAAAAGAUUUAAUUCCUCCACCCGGUGAACGAGAUGCGGAAAACAAAUUGGGUGACAUUUGCUUUUCGUUACGAUAUGUUCCAACAGCUGGCAAGUUGACAGUGACAAUUCUUGAAGCUAAGAAUCUCAAAAAGAUGGAUAUGGGUGGACUAUCUGAUCCGUAUGUUAAACUAGCAAUCAUGAUGAAUGGGAAACGUUUGAAAAAGAAGAAAACAUCCAUUAAAAAAUGUACAUUGAAUCCGUAUUACAACGAAUCAUUCACGUUUGAAGUGCCGUUCGAACAAAUUCAAAAAAUUCAAUUAUUGGUUACUGUUGUCGACUAUGAUCGUAUUGGGACGUCUGAACCCAUUGGAAAAGUUCUACUAGGCUGUAGUGCUACCGGAAGUGAAUUACGUCACUGGUCGGAUAUGCUUGCCUCACCUCGCCGACCUAUUGCCCAGUGGCAUUCACUGAAAGAAGCUGAAGAAGACAAAAUGUCGUGA